CAUAUAUAUCACAGUUUUUGUCACAUUAACACACAACAACAAAAAAUGGCUAAGAGAUUUCCCAGUGUUUUGUCCAACCAAAACUUGUUCAAACACCUCCAAUCAACUACUUCUAUAGCUGCUAGAGUUAGUAGCAGUGGAUUCUGCAUCCCGAAUGCAGAUGUUUUUCAUCAUCUGCAUACUCAAGGUGGUGAGUCAGUUGUGGGAGCAGCAGCAGCAGAAGGGGCAGUGAAUGCAACAGAGGCAGUGGAGAGUGUGGGAGAGAAGGCAAAGGAAACAGUGAACAAUGCUUUGAAUGCAGAAUUAGUUGCAGGGUCAACCAUGGCUGAGGCUGAUACCAAUGUUGUGGACACUGCUGAAUACAGAAGUUCUGAGGAUUUGGGGGGACAUCUUGGAGAUGGCCAUGAUACUUAUACUUGAAUAUCAGUAGUUGAUGGAAUCAUAUGUGCUAAAUUAACCCCUAUGGUUUUUGUUAUUUUUACUUCUUUUUCUUUUUUAAGAUAUUGUAGUAAUAUAUAAAAGAUUGAAGAAAAGUUAGUGUUAUGUGUCUU